AUGGCGCAUGGGGAGAAAUGGAGCGGUCGAUCAGCGGCUACGCCGUGCGUACGUCCAACACGCCAAGCAAGCACGGCAAGCUUCCAUCAUAUUCAACAUCUACGGAGGGAUGUCGCCAGCCAUCGUAUCUCCAACAAGUACCAGCCUGGAACACACCCGGGGCCAAGGGCGACGACCAGACAGAUCGCCGUCCUGGGGCGGAUGAUGCUCACUACACCCUCCGAGGCCCCUCAGGAGGCACGCCGGCCGCCGCCUCGCGACAUCGACUCAACAAGGCUGCCCAGCCCCGAAGACCUUGAGGUCGUGGUGCCCUUCAACUCCCAGGAUUAUCCUGUGUUGCCGUGGUGGCGCAGCAUCGAAUCGACCCCCACCAUCACAGUCCAGAUUAAGCGCGGAGCGGAGCCGCAGCAUGAGCGGUCCCUCGACCUCAUCAGUAAGAAACGCCCCGUGCCCGCGAUGGUCAAGCCCGUCCCAGCAUGGUCCUCUACCGUUCCCGCGCCCACGCUUGCAGUCUCGCAGGACAUUCUACUCCAGUAA